UCGUCUUCUCUUCUUCGAAAUAUCAGAUUUCUCAUGGCGGCAGUGCUCUGUACUCACACUGACGCCGCCUCCGAAAUGUCGGAUCCUCCUGCCGGUGAGUCCAAGUCCCGCCCCGUCGGCGGUACCGAGUACAGCUGGUGCCGCGCCGCCCCCGGCGGCACUGGCACCACUGUCCUCGGCCUCCUCCUCUCAAAACCUCCCGAUCUUCUCAAUCUCCAAUCCACUCUCCACUCUCUCCAAAACCUCCACCCGAUUCUCCGCUCCAAAAUCCGCUACGAUCCUUCCCGACGAGACUUCUCUUUCCUCACUCCUCCUUCUCCGCUACUCCACCUCCAGAUCCUAGACCUCACAGCCGCCGCACGCGCCAUCGCUUCUCAUCCCGAUGCCGACGAUCCUUCCGUUUCCGAUUUCCACAAGAUCCUCGAGCAUGAGAUCAACAUCACCACGUGGCUCGAUCCGAACCAUCCAUCGUACUCUGACACCGACGUGAUGUUCGCCUCUGUUUACACCAUCAACGACGGCCAAUGGGCGGUUUUCCUCCGCCUCCACACGGCAGUCUGUGACCGGACGGCCGCCACAGCCCUGUUACGAGAGCUGCUUGCGGCGGCGAGCGGAGAAAACGAGGGCGGAGAAUUCGAAAUUAGGGAUCAUGGAGAGAUUGGAUUAGGGAUUGAGGAUUUAAUCCCCAACGGAAAAGCGAAUAAGCCUCUUUGGGCGCGUGGAUUAGACAUGCUUGGUUACUCAUUGAAUUCGUUUCGGCUGGCGAAUUUGGAGUUCAAAGAUGCGAAUUCUCGGAGAUUUUCUCAGAUGAUUCGGUUGAAGAUGAACUCCGAUACCACCGAGAAACUUCUUGCUGGAUGCAAAUUGAGAGGCAUUAAGGUGUGUGGAGCUCUGGCAGCUGCUGGAUUGAUUGCCACUCGUUGUUCUAAAGACCUUCCCCCUUACCACAAGGAGAAAUAUGGAGUUGUUACCUUAAACGACUGUCGUUCUCUCCUUAAUCCUCCCCUCACGACCCACCAUCUAGGAUUCUAUCACUCGGCCAUUUUAAACACGCAUGACAUAUCAGCUGAAGACACUCUAUGGGAUGUGGCAAAGCGAUGCUAUUUUGCCUUCUCAAACGCUAAAGACAACAACAAGCAUUUCUCAGACAUGUCUGACUUGAACUUCCUCAUGUGUAAAGCCAUUGAAAAUCCUGGCCUCACUCCAUCCUCGUCCAUGAGAACGGCCUUGAUCUCGGUGUUUGAGGAUCCCAUCUUUGAAGCUUUCAGUCCUGCACAGGAAUACCUCGGCUUACAUGACUAUAUUGGUUGUGCCUCUGCGCACGGCGUUGGGCCAUCGAUCGCCUUUUUCGACAUGAUUCGCGAUGGUCAGUUGGAUUGUGCUUGUGUGUACCCGUUUCCUUUGUUCUCUCGAAAUCAAAUGAACCAAAUUGUUGAUGAGAUGAAGAAAAUUUUGGUGGGUGCUAUUAAAGUAGUGGAAGGAUAAAAAUUUAGCUUAGGUUUUAUAAACGUCAUGUGUGUCCCUUUUUUUUUUGUGUAAUCUAAUGAUUCACAAUGGACUCAUCAUACUUCAUAAUUAGAAAAUAAAUUUUGAAUU